CUCAAUGAUUGGUCAUUUUAGGGGUACCUGGGAGGUGAAAGAUGUCACGCGCGGAUGCUGGUCGUUUGAUACAUCUAUCGAAAAAACGUGAACGUGCAAAGGAAGAUAUCGAACAACAACUAAAGAAGAUCGAAGAAGAAUCAACUAGAAGGGCUGCUGGGAUCUCGUCGAAAUUUACUGCAAAUUAUGAUGCUGUGGAAGAAUGCCUCAAAACCAAGACCGUAGGAUUGGUGACGUUAGAUGAGAUGCGUGAAAAACAAAAGGAUGUCGUACAUGAUAGGGAUGCCAUUGUUGCCCGUGGCGAUGACUUGAAAACACGUAAAUCGGAGGAAAAAGCUUCCGCUUCCAGUAGUCAGGAGAAAGUAGCUCAAAAACGAGUGCUUUCAUUCGCUUUCGAGGAUGAGGAAGAAGAAGAAGAGCCUGUGAUUGUCAAGAAGAGAGUCGGAAUGGAUCCAACAAUCGAUACAAGUUUCCUACCCGACAAGGAAAGAGAAGCUGAGAUCGCUAGAAGAAAAGAAGAGUUGGCCGCCGAAUGGAGAGCGCAACAAGAAAGAGAGAAAAAUGAGGAGAUUACAGUGGCUUUUGCUUAUUGGGAUGGAUCUAGUCACAGAAAAAAUCUGAAGGUCAAGAAGGGAAACACAAUUUCGCAGUUUUUGGGUUGGGCCAUAGAGGUUCUGAAAAAGGAGUUUACGGAACUCAAAACGAGUGUACCUGAAAACUUGAUGUUUGUUAAGGAAGAUCUAAUUAUCCCUCAUUUUUACACGUUCCAGGACUUUAUCGUAACCAAAGCUAUGGGAAAGACUGGGCCUUUGUACGAGUUUGAUGCAGCUGGUGAUGUGCGAAUACGACAAGACGCAGCUCUCGAUUGUGGAGAAGCCCAUCCUGCAAAGGUAGUGCUCCGUGGAUGGUACGAGAAAAACAAGCAUAUUUAUCCAGCUUCUAGAUGGGAGCCAUUUGUGCCAAACAAGAAAUAUGGGCGUACCAUUGAUGACCUUUCUACCAUCUAAUAAAGUUAUCUAUCACAGAUUUUUCAUCUUUUAUUCAGCAUUCAUUCAUUACAUAAGUCAGUGUUGUUUUUUCCAGCUUCAAAGAUCUCAUCAGAUCAUUUAUCUUAUGAAUACCAUGAAGUCUUAUGUGUUCGAAAGUCUAUAUUAUUACUAUCGUUUCUUUUUCUUGUUUUAUGAAUGUCAUGGUUCAGGAUUAUUUAUUCUUUACUGUACGGGGUUCUGACUUAUGUUAUGGUGCACUUUUUAGCACACUGUAGUGUGAGGGAUGUUGUAAUGUCCUUUUACAAUUUUGUAAUGAAGUUUUUUUGAAUUACGACUACUUUAUACUUGCAGAAAUAGCAAGCGUUUCACAAUUGUCGCUCUUGAGCACUCUAAUAUAAUAGCACAGAACUCAUUUCUACACUUUCUUCACUCAUGUUUGCUGUUUGUUAUGGGAAGUGUUUCCGUUUGACC